AUGCCUUCCGACCAGAUCGUAUCCGGCCCGACCACCCUCACGCCGUUCCAGGCGACGUACCACUGGAGGAACAAGAACUGUUACCCCUGGGCAGCUCAAUGGUUCAAAUCAAACCUCCCAGGUCUCUCGAUCGAAAACGAAGGACAUUCGGCAGAGAUCACUACCGUAGACGAGGUCGAGGGGGAUGUAGAUCUGGGGCAGAGGAAGGGAAAAAUCUUGACGAUCUAUGAUUGCAAGAUCGUCAUGUCCUGGAAAGGAAAGACCGCGGCGGGCGACGAGAUCGAGGGAAAAGUGACCGUCCCAGAGGUUUCGCACGAGAUGAUCGAUGGGCAUAGCAAGUACGAGUACGAAUUCUCGCUCAUCAAAGACGACGCCUUCCGCACGUUCCUCCGGUCCAACUUCCCUCCUAUCCUCGCGGCCAAAUUCGACUCAUUCCCCAAAGUCCUCGUCGAGAAGCACGGUCAGCCCACGACCACAACUCCAUCGGGUUCGGGGAGUGGGAGCGCGACCCCUCAGGAUAUCACCGUCGAGGCCGAACCCGAGGCCCAAUCCACGCAAGCAAAGAAGCCCGUGGUGGAAGAGAAGAAGUCGCUCGUUGGGGGUACGAGCAGCGUAGAGGUCGAGAGCCGGUUGGCGGCUAGUGCCGAGGACAUGUGGUUGUUCUUGACCGACGAGAAGAGGGUGCCCAUGUGGACUCGGUCGCCUGCCAAGAUCUCGGCACAGGUCGGUUCGGAAUUCGAGAUGUUCGGAGGAAAUAUUCGGGGAAAGAUCAUCUCUGCCGAACCGGGUCAGAAGCUCGUGCAGUCGUGGCAAUUGAGGAGUCCGAACUGGCCUUCCGAACACCACGCGACGAUGACGACCACUUUUGACCAGGGUAGCGAUUCGACUUUGGUCAAAUGGAGCCUCGCAGGUGUGCCCAAGGGUCAAGAAGAGACAUUACGCGGCGCUCUUGAAGGUUAUUACGUGAACGGGUUCAAGCAGAUCGGGUUAGUGACUUCUCCUACCGUUUCUCGUAUCAUCCAGGACGUCCCCCAGACGUCCUCAUCCUCCUCGUCGACCGCCCGUUCCGCUACCAAGCCAAAGGAAAAGGCCAAACGAAAGAAGCGCACGACAGCCAGUUCGAGCAGCGUCAACGCGGUCGGGUGGGGAGACGUGGUCACGUACAGCCUUGUGGCGGGAUCGAUCGUCGGGUUCAUAGGGAUCGUCUGGGGGAGCUUUCGACAGUAA